AAGAAACGUUUUUUCAGGUUUUAUUAAAAACAGCAAGUGGAAGAAGGAAAUUCUCAAAUCUAAAAGUUUUUAAAGGUGAAGCGCGGGACUGAUGUUUGGCUGAAUUUUGUUUUAGUGGUGAGGUUCUUUCCUUAAUUAUGUUUUGUGUUGCUCGCUAAAAAUCGGGUUCUGAAAAUCUGGCAACGAUUGUUAAAUCAAACAUUGACUCUCAAUCUGGCGGAAAGCUGACUGUUCCAGAAAUAUUUUAUUUUAUUAUACGAAACUCAGCAAUCUCCGUUAAUCAGAAUCCUCAGUGCAACGAAAAUGAAGAUUCUUGUUAGUGCUCUUCUCCUCGUUCUAGCGAUUUACUUCAUUUCUAUUGAACGCAGUUCACAGUACAAUACAGAUGUUCUUUACGUAGACUACAUGUUUCUUCCAGUUAACCUAAGCCUCUAUUACACGAAAACAGAGGAAACAGUGUACAUAAGGGAUGAGAACUCUCGAUACGUUUAUGGACUAAUAGACGGCAUUGCAUUUGAUUCUAUGGUUUCUGUAUUAGAAGCAACUGCCUCUGAAACAAUAAUGCGUGCAUUAAUGCAUAAUGGCAAACAGGUUAAGGUGACCGAUGACAAUUUUACCGAGUGGGAGAACACUGACACAGAAUUUUAUGGCCUCAAUUUUAACCACCCUCUUAACUAAAAAAAUACUUGACAUUUCCGAGUGCAAAUCUUUUUUUAUGUCGACAUCCGCCCUCGUUCAAGGAGAAACCAAUACUUCCUUUUUUCCCACUGUGUUAUAAAAAUAAAAAAACUAUUUAUCAACAGCAAUUUUUAUUUUUAGGAAGAAAGGAUAAAUUAAUUAAGGGGUCUUCCAUAAACCACGUGAUUGCUUUAGGGGGAGGGGGCUUGACAAAUGGUGACGCAGGUCCACGUGGGGGGAGGGGGAUACAAGCCCGAGACACGUGGUUUUAUAUUCAGAUGUAAAAAGAAUAAUAAAAGGCAUAGCUUACUCCUUUUUUGAAGAUUCCACCGUGGACCACAUUGGGGGAGGGGGGAGGCUCAAAAAGUGGAAAAAAUUGGACCACAUCGUUUAUGGAAGCCCCUUUAUUGGUUACACGAAAUUAUUUACAAAUAAUUGCACGGAUUACUAUUGGUUACACAGAAAGAGUUUUCUGCUUGACGCUUGCGCAGUAGUGCACUGAGCCAUCUUCGAAAGCACUUAGUUAAACGGCGCAGAAAGUAUGCCAAACGAAUACAUAAAAUUCGUCUAGGCGAUUAACACAAGUGGUGUACCAGUCGAGAAUUUUUUUCCAUGUGCUAAGUUAUUAAUUAAUUAUAUAAAAAAUAAGAGACAAACAUUAUUUUAUUUUAUUUGUAUUUUAAAUAAGUUUCCUAUUCUUGAGUCAAACAUGUGCUACAAUUUGGUGUUUAGUGCGCAAUAAAUUUCGAAAAUUUUUUAAUAAUAAAUAACAAUCUAUAGAUUAAAGCUUAUUUCUCAAUAAACAUAAAAAUGUGGAAAGUUUCUCUAGAAAUUCAUUGCGCACUAAGCACGGAAUUAUAUAAAAAAUUAAGAGUUAUUGUAAUUUCUUUUCAUUAUAUUGUUCUUGUUAGCCAUAAAUUAAAAGCAUAUAUUUUUCUUAAAUGAAGAAUUUUCUUAUCUAACAAAUUGAAUUGUAAUAUAAAAAAAUCUCCAUAUUGAAUCGUGUACAAACGACUUUUUUCAUUUUGGAUUAGACGUAACUUUUCUUUGAGGGCAUAAGAGCAUGUAGUAAUAAUUUUGUUGUAAAUUAGUUUCAACAUUUUAAUUUGACUUUACCUGAAAAAUAAUAUUCUGUAAUGAGAAAAAUAGAUUUGUGGAUUAAAUAAAUAGGCGGAUAUAAUGCUACAAAGA